CUGCUGUCAAGGGAGCUGUAAUGUUUUCUUGUCGGGCACUGAAACGCGAAGUCGAUUUGAUUACAUUUGCUCUCCGUAGUUAGAUCGUCUUGAAGGCGGUGCUUUUAUCUUCCCAGGCAGUAAUACUUUUGGUAGCUAAGGACGCUUCUUUAGUGAAAAAAAUGGCAAACAACUUUCAAAACGUUACUCUUUCUCUAACGUUGCCCAUAUCGUGCCAGAUAUGCCUUGGAAAGGUCCGACAACCUGUCAUCUGUACCAACAACCACGUGUUCUGCUCUUGCUGCAUGGAUAUUUGGCUGAAGAACGCUGGCCAGUGCCCGACAUGCCGAGUCCCCAUCACUGCAGACAAACCGUGCAGAGAAAUAAUAGGAGGGACAAAUGAAAAUGAGUCGAACGAAAGUCAUUCUGUGAAGAAACGACUCAGAAAGACCAGAGGAGAGCUUCUUUUGAGGGAGUACGAGGAUGAAAUAGAAGGCCUCCUCAAAGAGAACGAAGACCUCAGGACCAGGAACCAGACUCUGGAUCCCCAGUUGAAGACGGUAUUAAACACUUGUACCAUAACAGCCAGUCAGCGAGACGAGCGAAGCACUGACCCCUCGAUACUGGAACAAUGGAGCAAAAAGAUGAGGGCUGCCACUGAUCGCUACAACAAAAUCAAACUGGAUGUGGACAAGCUGAAAGAGGCUAACAAGAUGUUGCGUUCUCAGAACAUUGAUCUGGUCCAGGAGAACAUGAGAUUGAAAGCAGAGGUUGCCAGCAGAUCCCCACAGAAAUUUGGGCGCUGCACGGUAGCAGCCCUGGAGGCCAAGAUCCAACAGUAUCAAAGGGACGUGGACCGUCUGAACAAAGCCCUAGAGCGCAGCGACCAGUACAUAGAGGAACUGGAGGCCCGGGGAGGGGUGGAUGGACCUCUGAGGCAGGAACCCCAGGGCCACGCCAAUGCCGGUCCAGAGUGCACCUCCUCUGGGAAGGAGGAGGCCGGGACCAAGGUGCUGCGGAUUAGUGCCUUGAGGAGGUGUCUGGGUGACAUGGAGAAUGCUCCCGUCUGUACCAGCAACCUAGAAGGAGAGACCAAAACACUGUCUGCUCACCACCGGUACCUCCUGGCCACGGAGCUCGAUGCCUCCUUCCGGGAUCACCGCGUUGGUUUAGGUGUGACGGUGACAGACUCAGUGGAAAUGGGUGGUGUUGGUGUCAUCGCUCCCUCCACCCCCUCCUCUGCUUUCCGCUCCCUCAGUCUGAUGAGCCCUGCCGGAUCUGAGGACAGGAAGCCUGGCAGGAAGGCUCUGGCCUAUCUGAGGAGGCUCAGCUUUGAGGACUGUGGAUCACCCAGCGCUAGCGUUCCUGCUGCAGAUCCCAAACGCUCCAGCCUCUCAGCCACAUUCCCCUGCAGCAUAGGUGAGGCCAGAACAUCCUCCAAUGACAUGGGGUUCUGGGGAGCGGCCUGGCAGAGCCAGGAGCCUUCUGAUUUGACCUGUGUAACGUUACCCGGUCAGAGUGGGGUGCAGCAGCUCAGCUCUUCGCUGGGCCCCGGUGAACCCGUCCUGACCACAGGAUCCCACACGGCUGACCAUGCGGCUGAGGAGAUGCACCCCAUGUCCAGCGAAGCCUCCAUGGAUGCGGCUUAUCGGGAUAAGAUCUCAGAACUGGACUCCAUGAUGCUGGAAGGUGCGGACAUUCUCAGCCGCUUCGGCUCGGCGGACUCCCACCUCUCCUCUUCUUCAGGAUCCCCGGUGUCUGUCACCUCCCUGAGGUCUGGUGACUCCCCGGGCUUGACUCUUCAACCCCGACUGGAUGUGCCCCUGGUGCCUGAAGUGGAGGGCUGCCCUGUUCUCCUGGACGCGGACUCGGAGGGGGUGGUGGGUGUGAAUGAGGAUAUAGACUCAGCACGCAGGUUGACAGGGACCGGUUCCACUGCUCUCCCGGUCUCUCAGAGCCAGGCAGCAGCGGUCAUCUCUGGGUCCGUGGCUGGGAGAGACUCUAGUGUCUCCCAGGGGCUCCUCCUCCCCACGGGGCCAGACGCCUCUUCUAGUGCCUCCCAGUGGGUCCUCCUCUCUGCACGGCCAGAUGCCUCCUCUAGUGUCUCCCAGGGGCUCCUCCUCCCCGCGGGGCCAGAUGCCUCCUCUAAUGUCUCCCAGAGGCUCCUCCUCCCCGCGGGGCCAGACUCCUCCUCUAGUGUCUCCCAGAGGCUCCUCCUCCCCACGGGGCCAGACUCCUCCUCUAGUGUCUCCCAGAGGCUCCUCCUCCCCACGGGGCCAGACUCCUCCUCUAGUGUCUCCCAGAGGCUCCUCCUCCCUGCAGAGCCAGACGCAUCCUCUCAGAGCGAUGAACUGUCCUUUGACCUUCUGUUUGACCCUUUUUCAGAGGGCAAGUUCAGACAUGGAAGACGGUUUGGCAGUUGUGCCGAUGAGGAUGACGACGUUUCUGUCGGCUGCCUUGCGGGGGGGCCCGUAGGAGGGGAAGGGACGAGUGUGGCGAGUUGUCAGGCAGCGAAACGGAAGUCUCACAGUCCGUUUAACAACAGCAGUCCCUCCAAACAGUCCAAGUUCAUGUAACUGUAGAGGAGACCAUCAUCCAAAUGCAGAUCAUCCAAAUGCACCACAAACGACCUUUGAAUGUGUGUCACGCCCGUGUCUAUAAAGGUCCUUUUGACAACC